AUGGCUUCUGAUUCCAACUCCGCCCCCGCCACAACCUUCGUCCAAGCCGACCCUUCCAACUUUCGCGCCGUCGUUCAACGACUCACCGGCGCCACCCCACAAGAACCUUUCUUCCCUCCGCGACCUAUCGGCGAAGUCCCCCCUCGGAGAUCCGGAUUCAAGCUCCAUGAACGAAGACAAAACACUGGAAAACUCGAGAUCACUCUCAACGACGGUUUCCGACCUUUUGGUAUCAUGUCUCCGUCGUCAAGACAAAGGAGCUUCACCGUCGGCGAGAUGAUGAUGUCGUCACCGGUUUCGACGUUGGACGUGUACGGAAGAGGGAGCCCACGAACACCAGUGGAGGAAGAAGAAAGAGCCAUUGCAGAGAAAGGGUUUUACUUGCACCCGAGCCCGCUUAGUACGCCGAGAGGAUCCGAACCCGAAUUGUUGGCGUUGUUUCCUCUUUGUUCACCUAAAGAUAAUCCGUCGUCGUCGUCUUUCUAA